AUGUAAAUAUUUCAGAAACACAAAAUGUCAUCAAAAUUGUAGUUGUUUUUUAAAUUUUUUGUUCGUUUUUUUUGUCCGGUUUUAUGUGCCUUGAAGGCAAAAACUUCAAUGGAGCGUCCCAACGACUUCGAGUCCAGCAUGGAUGGAAGCCAGGCUACUUUCCAAACAAUAAAUAACAUCAAAAGUCUGGACGCAAUAUACAAGACUUACAUACCAGCUUCAGCUUCAAAAGAACUUAAGACCAAAUCAGACUUUAGCAUUGCAGACUCCACCACUACCCUUAAAAAUGAACCCAUUACACCACCUCUUCCAUGUCAAAUUGUAGACACUUCAUCACCAUUAAGUAGGAACAAUCCACCUUUAAGGAAUAUAGAUAGUUCCAUGUCAUCAUUCCAAUUAAAUAGAUCGGAUUCCAGAAUCGCUUCUGGACAAAUUGUUAAAACUCGGAGCAGUAUUGGUGGAGGAUCUUCCAGUUGUUGGGGUCAAUCGCCCAACGUUACUUUCGCUGAACCGGAAAUUUGUAGCGAUCCCUAUUAUGAUCAAGGCUCGUCAUCCAAUUGUGGCUGUGGCUGGUCUCCCACGCAGUCAACUUGGAACCAAUCUCAGAUGCAGAGCGGACCGCCCACGAGUCAAUCCCAACCGAUAUCAGGCGGUUCUUCACGUGCGCCUUCCCAAGGGUGCUCAGCCACCUGCUCAGGUAAUCCAAAUGGAUGCUCCUGUGAGUCAUACUUCACGGAUUCAGAUCAAGAAUCGGAUUCAGAUCCUUCUCCCAGCGGCAGUCCAUCACGUCAGACAAGGGACCAGGAGGAAUCUGAAUGCUCGGAGUGCCGAAAGAUGGCAUUCCAAAGGCAAAAUCAAACAACUCAAAACUCCUCUUAUGGUAAUUAUUCUUCAGGAAACUCACCAGCAUCUGGUAGCUCACCCCAUUCCUGUGGGCAGCGGAAGAUUGAUCCACCAUAUCGGAUUGCUGUGCUGCACCGUUUCUUCCACCGAGUUCCUCCUCUCGUCCUCCACCGGAUUACUGCUCUUGUAGCUUCUCAAGUCCACAUGAGCCAUCUCCACAUAUUCCUGCAAAGGAUUGCAGUACCCAUCCAUCGAAUGGCUUUCAGUUUCCUCCAUCUAAUUGCUGCCAGAGCUCUCCACCAGAUAGCUUCCCACCUCCACCGGAUUUCUGCUCUUGUGGCUGUUCACCUCCACGUGAGGUACCUCCACAAGUAGGUCCAACGAAUUGCUUUCAGGGUCCUCCGCCUAAUUGCGGUCAGUGCCCUUCACCGGAUAGCUUCCAGUGUCCCCCACCAGACGGGUGCCCUCCGUCAGGAUGUUUCCCUCCUCCAGGCGGGCAGAAGAGUUGCCCUCAGAUGCCCUGCUUCGACAGCUGCUUCGGAAAUAAAUGUUGUUGCGGUUCCAUCGUGAACGACCGUAUCCAUUCCCAAACUGUUUACAUGGCUGACUACAGGCCGACCUGUUACCGUCCCAAUACAUUUUCUGGAAACACGGAAGCAGGGAACGAAUGCUGCUGCGAAAGUGUACCUCUAGGUGGAGGAUUUGGAAGACUAUGCAAGGAUUGCCCUUGUUUAAACUCAGGUGGUUGUGGACCCACGUUUAGUGGCUGCGGUGGGUCCAACCCUCAGCCUCCUGGGUGCGGUGGAGUAUGUGGUGACCUAUAUGGUGGACAGUCGCCCGGAACUUAUGGAUGCUCGAGUGGCUGUGGUUCUACCCCUCCGCCUUCUGGUUGCUGUGGUGUAUGUGGUGAUCUAUGUGGCGGACAGUCGCCCGGAAUUUAUGCCAUUGGUGAUCUAUAUUCUCCAGAUUAUUGCUGCUACCCACUAAGUCAGGUCACUUACACUUGCCCCAAUGCCUAUUGCUGUCAACCGACUGACUGGUGUAAUCAGGGCUCAUGGUGAGGUUCUUAAACAAAAAUCCAUAUCCACAAAACUUAAAAAUAAUGAAAGUGAUCUAAACCAAACGUAAGGCUUUAUAAUUAAAUAAAAAAUUA